UUCGGUCAAUUAUGGUCAGACUUAAUGGAGGUAAUUAGAAACCGCAGCGCUCAUCUCACAGCUUUGAGUAGUGUGUUGCCUAAAAGCCUCUCCAUUCUUGGUGCUCAAGUUAAGAAGCAUGAAAUACUGGAGACGGAGCUUGUUUCCAUUCAACAGCAGGUCGAUGAUACAGCUCGAGAAGGUCAGGAACUGCUUCUAUUUCUACAGGGUUUUAAGAACCGAAGUGAUGGAAAUUCUAAAUCAGAAGCCAUCAUUUCCAGUCGACUUAAACAACUUCUGUCUGCGUGGAAAGAAUUGAAUGCUAAAAUGAUUGAAAGAAGGAAAUUCCUCAAUCAAUGCAGCAAAUAUCUGAAAUUUUGUGAAACAAUUCGAGAUGUCUUCUUUUGGUGCACUGAGAUGGAGAAUGAAAUCACCUCAAUUGAACCGAUUGCUAGAACCACUGCAGAAGCCUUUGCAAUGUUGGAUCAAAAGCAACUGAAUGGUCAUGCAAAUCAAGCUCAGAAAGCACUAGAAUCAAUUGAUUGCAGUCAAGGUGAAUUGAUGCAAGCACACUAUUUCCGCAUGUCUGAUGAAUUGCAACAACAUUGGAAACCGAUCUCGAUGCAACUGAUUGCCGAAGCUGAAUCUAUGAUUGAAGAAAACCACUAUGCUUCCAGUGACUUGAAAAAUAAGGUGGAUCAAAUGGUGAUGACCCUACGUGGCAUCGAGGAUGGAUUGAAGAAUUAUAAUCGCUGGAUUCUGCAAAUACUGGACCUUCUUCUUCUAAAGCGAGAGAUGUCCAAGUUCAUAGGUCAAACUACAGUUCAGCAAGCUCGAAUAGAGGCCAUUCAACUGGAAUGCAGUACCUCUGUGACCAAUUCAAAAUAUGCCAGUUGUGAUAAACUUGAGUCUAGUUUAGACGUGAAAAGCAUGAUUAAAAGAACGGAAAGUAUCACUAAAAUGAUGCAAUCAAAUGAUGAUAAAAUCGCAUCUUUGACAUCUUCGGCAAAUCUAAUGAUACAAAAGAAACACUAUGCUUCGAAACAGAUCCAUGAUGUAGUGAAUAGAAUGCAGAUCGCAAGAUCAAAUGUUAUGCAGGCCUGCCUGAACCAAUUGGAGAGUCUAAAUCGUCGCCUGGAACAGGUUGCGUGGGAAGAAGAUGCAAAAGAAGUUGAAUCUUGGUUGACUGAACGUGAGGUUGAGCUGAAUAACAACUUAAAGGUCUCACCAAGCCUAAAUAAUAGGAAACCAAGCCAUGAGAAUGGUUCGAUUGAUGAAAGAGAAGAUGCUGUAGCAAUGCAAAUCCAAAUUUUGCAACGUCAAGACAGAUUCCAAACAACCGUAUCAGCCAAUAAAGCCCAUAUUGAGAACCUACUUACGCGUGGAACUAAGUUAGCCGAAAAGGAGGAGAAGAUUGCUGGAAGGAGUGGAUCUGUUGUUGGAAAACGCAUCGCUACCCGUUGCCAGGAUAUUAGUACACGGUGGAAGAACCUUAAAGCCGCUUUAUCGUCAGCAUCAAAUUCGGUGGAUGCUUUUCGAGAUCUAAUCCACUAUCAAAAUGAAGCUGAUGCUUUGGAAAGAUGGCUCCGUGAAAAAGAUAUCAUUGUAUCGAAGGGUGAUUUUGGAUUAGAUUAUGACCACUGUAUCGCUCUGAAGGAGAAGAUCAACGAACCAGCUGCGGGCAAGAUUGUUAAUGAUGCUACAAUCAGAGAAUUCAACUCUCUUUCUGAUCGAAUUAUUCAUGGUCUUCGUAGACCUUCACUUUCCAAUUACGCCUCUGUUGGGGUUUUACACAAGCAAACUACUGAUUAUGUUACCAAUCGGACAUCCGAUAUUGUCAGUCGUUGGAAACGCGUUCAACAAAAUCUUUCCAAAUAUGCCGAACAAUUGGAGCAAGCAGCCAAAAUACACGGAGUCAUCAGCAAAGUCGACGGUCUGCUCAUUCAAGUUAGCAAUCGAAAGUCAAAUGCCCUUGUGAGAGAUGACCUCAAGAAGAGUUUGACCGUCAAUGAAUUGGAAGGACUUCUACGAAUUUUACAGUCUCAGGAAAGAGAUAUUGGAGCCAUCGAAAAGGAAACCAAUUCUGUCAAAAUAGACUCCAAUGGUAUUAUAAACUCACUUUCUUCCGAUGCUUCGAAUUCGCAGACAUCAACAAUCAUUAAAAAUAUUAAUAUUAAGUUGGAUCUAUUGGAAGCUACAACUAAAGAGACCAAAGCCCUUCAAAAGCAACGACGUGAGUGUCUUGAGUCCAAACUUGAUGCUCAACGCAUUUUGGAAGGUUGCCAGCAAAUUCAAGAUUGGUCGAACAACAUAAUACAAGAACUCCAGCCUCAAAUUGUUAGUACUGCUAUGGUGGGUUUGGUAGGCAAAUUGGUCGCUCUCAAAAAGGGCAAAUCCAAUGCCUCUGACAUCCCCGAGGAUGAGAAGAGACGAGCUUUCAUAACUCGAAUGCGAAGACGCCUUACCGAUUGCCAGUCGGAACUCCCCUUGCGUCAACAACAGUUAAGUAGACUCCAGUCUCAGGCCCAGGAAAUUAAGUCCGAGACGACUGUUGAAAGAAGCGCCAUUCCUGAUAAGCUCAAUCAAGCCAAGGCGUCGUUGAAUAAAGUUGCCGAUGUUCUAGCCAAAUUAGAAAUUCAAGUGAAUAUUGAGGAAAAACGACAGGCAUUUGCAGCUAUCGGGAAACAGGAGAACCACUGGCUAGAUUCAGUUCAAAUUCAAGCUCAACAGGCUGUCAGAAGUGCCUUUAGAGGUCUUGCUACAGAUUCAGAUAACAGUGCGGAUGAGGACAUCGGUCAGCCCACAAUAGUCGCAUCGACAAAUGGUACGCAAGAAUACUCUGCGCCUUCCGAGAUCUCUCCACAAGCCUGUCUUGCAUUGCUAGAUUCGUUAGCAUCAAGUUUGGAAGACCGCAAUACAAUGUCGAAUCAGUUUGAAGAGCUUCAAAAAUAUCAUACUAGUUCAAAGGAAGCUAAGGAGAUCUACACAUCAGACAAGUUGAAAGAGGAUCAAACAAUGUUAGACAAAACUCACAAGAAAACCGCAGAAAUACAAAAAAUGGUUGCUCAGAUGCGAGGACAGAUCGAAGCUCGAGCUGAACUCGAUAAUUGGUUUAUUUCAACUAAUGAGACUCUCCAAUGGAUCAUGGAUAAUCAGGUUUUAGCCUCGAAUACCUAUGAUUGGCGCGUAACAAUGAAACGGUAUGGAGAAAGAGUGCCUAAUUCGGAAAAUGAUCAACUAGCUGGACCAAAAGGCUCCGGUGGAAUGGCUAGAAAAAUGGCUGCAAAUCGACGCUUUCUUGUUGAUAUUGACGUUGGACUUGAAAUGGUACAACAUCUGAUUGAAAAAGGUGAAGAAUUGGCGAGAUCAAAUCCUAAGAAGGCGGACAAAGUGAGACAGACUAUUCAGGAAUUGCAGUUGGCCUCCAAUAAACUUCGAAGUACUUGCGCUGAUCGCAGCACUCGCCUUGAUCAAGCCAACGAGCUUGUCAAAUUUGGCCAACUUAUGGAUGAAGCGGUUGAGGCAGUCAAGCAAACGGAGGUCCAAUUUAUGUCUGAUAACUAUAAUAUGGAUGCAAAUGAGUUGAAGAGGCUUCUAGAGAAGCACGAGGUUCUGGCCAAAGAUAUUCAAGAGACACAGAAGGCUCGGGCUAACUCUUUGCUGAAAACAGCCACAGAAGCAGAAAGAAAUGGUCAUUUUGGAGGCCCUAAAAUGGUUGCUGAAGCAAGAGAGCUUUCAAACACAGUAAACGUCUCGCUGCCACAGCUGCUACAAGCUCGUCUUGAUGCUAUUCAACUGAUGAUCACCUGGCGUAGAUUGGAGGAAGAAAUUUCAGUUGAGAAUGCGUGGCUUAAGGAGCAAAUAAACAGUCCUCUAUUAGAUAUCCACUCAACCACAAACUUGAAUUAUGAAUCAGCGACCCGACACCUGAAGGCGCUUUCAGAACUCGCUUCUCGUUUGGCUACACAAUCGCCGAAGUUUGAGGAAAUUGUGGAUGGAGUUCGCAAUCUAACUGGCAAUGGCUCCUUGAAAGCUAGAUCCAUUCUUGAUGACCUUGGCACACUCCAGGAGGCCUCUAGAUCUGCGAAUCAAUUGAUGGGUCAAAAAUCAGAACUGGAGUCCCGUAUUGGCAUUUGCAGUCAGCAUCUAAUUGCUAAACACAUGUACCUCCAGAAUAUUCAUGAUAUUGAAGAGGCGCAGGAGUGGAUAAAGCAACAUUUCCAACCGGUUUCCAAACUAGCCCCACUGACAGAUUCCAAGGGAACUAAAGCUGCAUUCCAAAAUAUCGGACGUCUUCGUGGUGAUGUAAACGCCUUCCUCCGUAACACGAUCGGGCCGCUUUCUGCUCGAUUGCAACAGCAAUCAUUAACUACCCAAGGAGGCAAAUUCAUUGGUGAUGGUCCACAUUCGGAGGGCAGGACUCGAGAUCUUGUUGGGGAUGAUUUACUCAAGUUGGCUGAGAAAUAUAGUGGUACUGGUGAAUAUCAGGGGGAUAAAGACACCCAAGCUAAUCUGACCCGGUAUAUGGCCGAACUCAUGAGGAACUAUGAUGUGCUGGCCUCAUACUACGAAAUUAUUGAGCUCCGUCUGAAACUACGCAUCAGCAUUAAUUCCUACAACACUCAAGCCGACGAGUUCAACAAAUUUUUGGCUAGUCUCGAAGCUGACAUCAACACUAAGGAUUAUGGUGUUGAUCUGGAAGAAUGUGAAACCAUUCUGGCGAAGUUUUCCGAACGUUUGGAGAGUACCUCAACUUCAGGAUCUUCUCAACUAACAAACCUUACAAAACGCGCUCAAAUCCUUAAUGAAGCUGUAGAUGACUUAGCGAACAAGAUUGAUGUAGAAGAGCAGAGAUUAAAAAAUACUGAAAUGCCCGAAUCUCGCGGUUGGUUGCAGAUAUCUCCGGAAUUGCGAAGUCUUCAAGGUGCUGUUCAAUUAGAUUUAAAAACUGUUCAAGAUAGACAGACUGAGUUGACCCAGAAAUGGGCUACAACAAGAACGGGAAUGAAGCGGAGAAAAGAGAAUCUCCAAUCGGCCAUGCAAGUACACGCCUACAUGUCUGAUGUGGAUGAUUUGCUUGAAUGGAUAUCUGAAAAGUCUCCAGAAAUUCGUGACAACCAAAUGGGCACAGCGAUGCUUGGUCGAGUGGCUAGCCUGAAAGCUAAACGUCCGGAACUCAAUAUACAGGAUUCCAAUAGUCUGGAGAAAGCCCUUAAUAAUCAGGAGAAGUUAAGACGGGAGGUUAAUGCCAUACAAAAGCAAGUGGACAAGCAGGAACAGGAGUGCAAACGUCUUAAACAAGAGUGUCCAGAUCGUGUUCAAGAGAUUGAAACUCAAUGGAAACGCCUGCAAACUGGAUGGUGUGCAUUACAGUCAGCAGUCGGUGCGGAACGUCAGAGACUCACUGAAGCUCAACGUGUGACACAAUGGCAAAAUCGAUGCAACUUACUCUGUGGAUGGGCUGAUGAAAGAUGUUUUGCCAUGCUUGCAAUUCGUGAAAUUCCUACAGAUUUGGUUGAGGCGCACAAUCUGGUUGACCUCCAUAAGCAAACCCGAACCCAGAUUUCAAAGCGAUCAAGCGAAAAGGAGGAGAUUAUCGGAUCUGGUCGGGACCUUUCCAACUUAAUCCCAUCCUCAAAAAUCGUAAUUCAGAAGUUCAUCGAUAAACUCGAAACCGCCUGGUCGCAAAUGUUGAGGGUUUGGUCGUCAAGGCAUAGUCUCUAUGAGAAGAACCUCGAUUUGAGGGUUCGUUUCAUAAAGCUUCAAUUUUUAUAA